UUGACCUUCCAGCAUGACCUUCCACUUUGUUUUGAAACUAAGUAAAGUUAAAGAUGGGUGUCCUAACUUCACUCUGUUCCCUGCUCUCCUUGCUGUUGGUUGUGAGCGUGGCCAUUGAAGGAAAGUCUGUCCUCAGUUCCAGCCUUGACUAUGAGUAUGAUGAUCUAUCUAUACCUAAUGCAGACAACAACACUGUCAAGAAGAACCUUUCAUUGGAUUGUGUGUUUGAGCUUACACCAUGCUCCAUCACUAUCACUGGUAACCUCAUCCUAGUGCUCUUCUAUGGUGCCCUACUGGCAGGUGCAGCCAAGAUGAUCUCAGAUGGUGCAGAGCUGCUACUGGACCUUGGUCUGCCUGCAGCCAUCAUUGGGGGAGUUGUCCUGCCUCUCCUGGGGGCGAUACCUGACUCUGUUAUGAUAGUGUUCUCUGGAAUGUCAGGGGACAGGGAGGAGGCCAACACACAGAUAGCUGUUGGAAUGGGGACCCUUGCUGGUAGUACCAUCAUGCUACUCACUCUGCCUUGGUUGGGGAGUCUUAUCCUCGCACGUGUGGACCUGGUGCAUGGUCAGGGUGUGGAUGAGAGGACCAGCAAGUUCACCAUCAAGAGCUUCUGGAAACAAGGUGUGUCCUUUCAACCUGAUGUGACGUAUGGUGCCAUCAUCAUGCUCAUCACCACCAUACCCUACUUUGUGGUACAGGGGGCGGACUGGCACUGGGGACCUUCCACCACUCCUAAUAUGACUAACUCCACUAGUGGUCAACCCGACUACAUCAAAAACUCAUCACUGGCCACUUGUAUAAUGGCUACCAUUUUCCUCAUAGCAUUCCUUGUUUUUCAGGUGUUGUUCAGUGUCGGGUCUAGGAGGAAGGAUCAGCUACGCCGAGAAGAAACGAUAAAACGUCGUGUGCUGAAGAGAUUCUAUGUGAACAGCAUCCAAGCAUUCACCACAAAGAAGAGCACUACACCGGCUUCCAGUGCCGUCCAGAAGGCUGACGAGGCUACUGAUGGUCAGGAUGACGAAACUCAGCCAAUACUGCCAGCAACCACUCAGAGGAAGUACGCUAAGACUUGGCAGAUGCACAGAGCCAACAAGGAGGCAGUAAAAGAGGAGACAGAUGCAGAGACUCACAAGCCGGAGAAUAAGGAAGACGUACAUGAGGAGAAAGAAGAUCCAAAAUGGUUGAUUCUAAUCAAGUCCCUUUUCUUUCUGAUUUUUGGUGUCGUCAUGGUGACAGUGUUUUCGGACCCUAUGGUGAACGUUUUGACGGCACUCACUGACAAGACUAACGCUGAGUAUCAAAAUGAAGAGGGUUCAAAGUUCGGACAGUAUAUACCCAUUCCAGUGUUCUACGUGUCAUUUGUGGUGACCCCAAUUUGCUCCAAUGCUAGUGAGAUCAUCUCUUCUCUCAUAUUCGCUGCCAAGAGGAAGAAGACCACCACCUCCAUGACCUACGCACAGCUGUAUGGAGCAGCCACCAUGAACAACACUCUGGGUCUGGCUGUCUUUGCUGGCCUUAUCUACUUCAGAGACCUUGACUGGCAAUUCUCCGCUGAGGUGACAGUGAUCCUGCUCAUAGAGUUUGCUGUUGGGAUCAUUGCCAUAGCAGCUGGUUUUGGGUUCAAGCACACCUACGUGUUUUUCCUGGGAUUGAUUGUGGGAGGUCUCUACUUUUUCUCCAUUCUCCUCAUCUUUCUACUGGAGACCUAUGCAAAAUGGAAAUAGAACAUGCAAUGGACACAUUUACUAGUAGAGAUAUGACUGAGUAGAAUAAAAUCCCAUACAAACACUUUGUUAUUUUGCUGUCUUAUGGUUUUGAAGCUCAAUGAAAACAGAAGAGAAAUGAAA